AUGUUUGUUGAUUUGUAUCAUUAAUAUGAUAUAAAAUUUGAGGAUAUUAAAAGUGACACCAAAUAUUUCAAAAUUAAUAAUCAAAUAAAUCAACAAAAAAUAAUAAAGUUAAUCAAAUAAGAUAAUUGUUUUAAAAAGUAGGUAUUAAUGUUAGCUGGUAUCAGAAGGUUAAAAUUCUCCACAACAAAAAAGACUCCCAUAUUCAUUAAAAAGGGUACAGUAGUGAACCACGACUGUAAGUUUGAUGCUGAUGUUUAAGUAGUUGAUGGAAAAAUUUAAAAGAUAGCUCCCACUGGUCGUCUAGAACCAUUAGCAGGCUCUAAAAUAAUAGAUGCAACAAACAAAUUUGUUAUUCCAGGAGGUAUCGAGACUCAUUCUCAUUUACAAAUGCCUUUCAUGGGAACCGUUUCUUAAGAUUGCUUUGAUACUGGUACUCGUGCAACCUCUGCUGGUGGUACCACAUUUUUAUUAGAUUUUAUAGUUCCUAAACCAGGUGAAUCACUACUUAAAGCCUAUGAAUAGUGGAGGGCUUGGGCUGAUCCAAAGGUUCAUCACGAUUUUGGUUUACAUUGCUGCAUUACUUGGUGGAGUGAGUAAGUAGAAAAAGAAAUGGCUGAACUUGUCAAGCUUGGUGUUGUUAGUUUCAAAUUUUUCCUUGCUUAUAAAGGUUCAUUGAUGGUAACAGAUGACGAAAUGAUUAGAUGCUUAGAAAGAUGUAAAGAAUUAGGUGCUCUUUCAAUGGUUCAUGCAGAAAAUGGAUAUUUGAUAGAUCAUCUCUAGAAAAAAAUAUUAGCAGCUGGCGUUACAGGACCUGAAGGCCAUUAUCUUAGCAGAAGCAAGGAUGUAGAAGCCGAAGCAACUCAUAGAGCAAUCGUUUUUGCAAACGAAAUAGGUACUCCUCUUUAUGUAGUUCAUUUAAUGGGUACAGAAGCUGCUGAGGAAGUUAUUAGAGCUAGAUAGAAAGGCUGCUAAGUAUUUGGUGAGACUCUCGCUUCAACAUUAGGUAUUGAUGGCAGACAUUAUUUAGAUAAGAAUUGGGAUGUAGCUGCUGGUGCUGUUAUGUCUCCUGCUUUAUCAAUGGAUCCAGAAUGCAAAAUUAGAAUGAUGAAAUACCUUGCUAUGGGUUCUAUUCAUACUGUUGGUACUGAUAAUUGUACUUUCUCUGAAGCCUAAAAGAGGAAGGGUAUUAAUGAUUUCACUAAGAUUCCUAAUGGAUGCAAUGGCCUUGAAGAUAGAAUGUCUAUUGUUUGGAAUAACGGUGUUAGAAAGGGAAUUUUAACUCCUAUGGAUUUCGUUAGAGUAACUUCCACUCAAGCAGCUUAAAUAUUCAAUGUGUAUCCUCAAAAAGGUAGAAUUUAAGAAGGUAGUGAUGCAGAUAUUGUAGUUUGGGAUCCUGAAAGAACUCAUACUAUAUCUGCUAAAACUCAUCACCAUGCUCAUGACCAUAAUGUUUUUGAAGGAAUGUGUGUAACUGGUAAAUCUCAUACUACAAUUGCUGCAGGUAAUGUUGUUUGGGAGAAUGAUACAUUUAUUCCUCAUAAGGGUUCAGGAAAAUACAUAGGCAGAACUGCAUUUGGUUAUCCUUAUGAAAGAUCUAAGUAUCUUGAAUAAGAAAGAGACUACUCAACUAAAAUAAUAGAUAGAUCAGUUAACUAGGAAACUCCUGAAUUCUAAAUCCAAAAACUCUAAACUGAAUUAAACAUUGCUAAUUCUACUAUUUAAUCUUUAUAAAAUCAAUUAAAACACAACAACAAUAAUAAUCAUCAUCACCAUAAUCACUCUUCAUGCAGCACUUAAGAUAGUGAAAUUUUCUGCAAAAAUACUAAAGAGUUGAACUCAGUUGAAUAGGCUUUCGAUACUUAUAUACCUGAGAAGGUGCGUAGUGAAGUCUAUAGAAUUUUAUAUGGAUAAAACUACAAACCUCUUGAUCUUGCUUUAAGAACUCAUGAAAUGGCCUUAGAACACAACUUUGAAAUUAAAGGUUUCAGAGUGUAAGCAAAUAAAGAAUAAACAAGACCACCAAGAUUAGUUCGUAUUGGCGCUGUAUAAAAUAUUUACAAAGCUUCUCCAAGUCAACCAAUUUAAGAAUAAAGAUAAGCAAUACAUGAUUAUAAUAAGAAGGUAGUUGAAGCAGCUUACCAUAGUGGAGUUAAUGUUAUUUGUUUCCAAGAAUUAUGGACUUGCCCCUUCUUUGUAGCUACUCGUGAAAAAUACCCAUGGAUUGAACUAGCUGAAUCUGCUGAGCAUGGUCCUACCACAUAAAUGCUUUAAGAAUUAGCUAGAAAAUAUAAUAUGGUAAUUGUCAACUCUAUUUUGGAACGUGACGACGAAAGAGGCACAAUUUACAACACUACUGUUGUUAUUUCUAGCAAGGGUAAGUUCCUUGGUAAACAUAGAAAGAAUCAUAUCCCUCGUGUUGGAGAUUUCAAUGAAUCUACUUACUACAUGGAAGGUAACACUGGUCACCCUGUUUUCGAAACUGAAUUUGGUAAAAUUGGUGUAAACAUUUGCUAUGAUAGACAUCAUCCUCUUUCUUGGUAAUAACUCGGAUUGAAUGGAGCUGAAAUCGUCUUCAACCCAUCUGCUACUGUUGGUGGUCUUUCUGAACCUAUGUGGCCUAUUGAAGCAAGAAACGCUGCUAUUGCCAAUCACUAUUUCUCUGUAGGAAUUAACCGUGUUGGAACUGAAAUCUUCCCUAAUAAAUUCACUAGUGGUGAUGGUGGUUAAGCUAGAAACGACUUCGGUCACUUCUAUGGUUCUUCAUAUGUUGCUGCUCCUGAUGGUAGUAGAACUCCAGGUCUUUCUAGAACUAGAGAUGGUCUCCUUGUUGUCGAAGUUGAUCUUAACCUUUGCUAAUAAAUUAAAGAUAAGUGGGGUUUCACUAUGACAGGUAGACACGAAUACUACGCUGAAAAGCUUACUGAGUAUGUUAAACCUGGAUUCAAAUAACAUUUAAUCAAGGAUAUUUGA